UCAGCCUGCACUCGUCAACAACCGUCAUGGCUCUCCAGGUCGCUCUGUUCGCCGCCUUUGUCGCCGCCGCCAGCGCCGGGUACGUCCCCGUGUACGCCCCCGCCCCCGCACCGGUCUACCACGCCCCCGCCCCCGUCUACAAGGUCGCCGCCCCCGUCUACCACGCUCCUGCCCCCGUCUACCACGCACCCGUCGCCUACGCACACCCAGCACCCGCUCCCGAGCCCUACGACCCUCACCCUAAGUACGCCUUCGAAUACGGCGUCCACGACCCUCACACCGGGGACGUCAAGAGCCAGAAGGAGGAGCGCGACGGAGACGUCGUCCAUGGAUCCUACAGCCUGGUUGAAGCCGACGGUUCCAAGCGUGUCGUCCACUACACCGCUGACCCCCACAACGGGUUCAACGCCGUCGUCUCCAAGGAACCCCUCGCACACCCUGCCCCCGCCCCGGUGGUUAAAUACGCCCCUGUAGCACCCGCCUACCCUGCUUACCAUUAGAAUCAACCCACCUAGUACAACAAAUUGCCAACUCAAACUACCUGUAGUAAAUGUUAUUUUGUAAAUAAAUUAUACUUAAUAGUGUA